UCAAUUCGGUUCUGGCUCCUUGCUGAAGUCAUGUUUUCGUCAUACUUGUUGCCGUUGGGCAUUCUUUUGCUCUCGGUCUUGUCGCUAGGCCAUUCAAUUGAUACCGCCGCUGCGGUCGACUUUUCUCUAAGCAGAAGAGCAUCCAACAUCCGACAGGAGUUGGGCCCUAAACUGUCCAAGGAUGCUGUCAUCAUCGACGCAGAGUCCGGAGACAUGGCUGCUGCCACCAAGCGCUGGCAGGUGUUCGCCAGUCCCUCGUUCAGUGCCGUUGUGGAAGUGGCUACCGAAAAUGAUAUCGUCGAGACUAUUGCGUACGCCAAUGCCCAUUCAAUCCCCUUCCUAGCUGUCAACGCUGGCCACGGCGAGAUCAAGUCGUUGGCCAACAUGAAAGACGGUAUUCAAAUUACGAUUCGGGCAUUGAACAAGAUCACCAUCAAUGAAGACAACACAGCAACCGUGCAAGGUGGUGCCACCAACCUCGAAAUCACGCAGGAACUGUGGGCAGCAAAGAAACAGACAGUGAGCGGUACCUGCGAGUGCGUGGGAUUCCUCGGACCCAUGCUCGGUGGCGGCCAUGGCUGGAUUCAGGGCCUCCAUGGCCUCGCCGCUGACCAGAUCAUCAAAGCCCGCGUAAUCCUCGCCAACGGCACGAUCGUCAGUGCGUCUACAACAGAAAACCCGGACCUUUUCUGGGCGCUGCGGGGCGCUGGCCACAACUUUGGCAUCGUUAGUGAAGUCACCAACAAAAUUUACGAUGUCCCAGACUCGGACGAAUGGUACUUUGAGAAGUAUACGUACACUGGUGCGUCGGUGGACCAGCUCUUCGAUCAGCUCGAGAAGAUCAAGAGAGAUACGCCACCGGAGCUACAGUUCUAUUCUGUGUUCCUCAACAUACCUGCCAUCGAUAGCACCCAAGCACUUGUAUUCAUGGCGAUGCUGUACAAUGGCCCUGCGUCCGCUGCCGACAAAUGGAUGGCGCCCUUCCGCACUUUCAACCCUAUCGAUAUCGAAAAGGGGUCGACCACCUAUCCCGAGCUCUCAGCACUGACGGGUAACGGUAUAAAUGACGACAUUUGCCAGCACGAGCCCAUCAAUCGUAUCCGCUACCCGCUGUACCUCGACGGCAUGAAAAAGGGCGUUCCGAAGCAAGUAUACAACUUGUACAACGCCACGACGGCGCAAUAUCCUGCGCUCAACCGUUCCCUCAUGCUUUUUGAGGGUCUAUCCACUCAGGCUGUGAGGUCGGUGCAACUUGACACAACGGCGGUUGCGUUACGAAAGUUUCACACACUUGCUUCCCCUGUUGUGACUUACGCGCCAGACGCGGCUCUAGACCAAGUCGCUCAAGACUUUGGCCGCGAGCUGCGCAACAUUCUACACCGUGCUGAAGGAACUCCCGAGAUGUACGCUUACGUUAACUAUGCGGUUGGCGAGGAGGACAUAGAGAGCAUCUAUGGAUAUCGCGGGUGGCGUGUCGCCAAGUUGAAGACUCUGAAGAAACAUUUAGACCCGGAGAAUCGGUUCCGAUUUUACGCACCGAUUGUAUCAAGCUAGGCCUAUACAUAGAAACAUGUAAAGCUAGUGUAGAGAAUAAUAUAGAUCAGAAAGCUUUUAGGCUAUCUCUGUGUGUAACAUAUAAAGAAUGUAGACUUCGAUUUCACUCCAUUCCUAGUUCAAAGCUUGGAACACUGUGCAGCCAGGCCCUCUCAUCGUCCCGAAUGAUCGUCAUGACAACUACUGUAUAUACAUGCUGAAUCUUGCAUAACCGAGUACGGGUUCAUGAUGUGUUUCCAAGACACAGAAUAUGACAGGGCUAAGCAUUCCCUGCUGUUGCAGACCAGAUCUAGCGCAUCGAGCCGCACAUCGUAUGGGUAGCGCCCCGUUCAAGGAAGUAAUGCAGGUUUAUGGGUAACGCCCCGUCCAAGGAAGUAAUGCAGGAUGAUGGGUAACGCCCCGUCCAAGGAAGUAAUGCAGGAUGAUGGGUAACGCCUCGUCCAAGGAAGUAAUGCAGGUUUCGUGUAGUGAGGUGGCCCAGUUACUUGUCUAGCGUAGUCUACUGUCUUUCAUUGUCAAACACUUGGUCAUGCCUACACCCCUUCAGCACUAGACAUGACUUGAAACAGGCUCGUGCAUAUUGCUUAAAUUGGAGCUUGAAGGCGGAUUUAUCGUGUGAUUUUCCAAUAACACGUGUUUGUACCGCAUGGAAUAUGCGAUGGUCAGAUAAUAGACUUAAUUGCUUACAUUGGAGUAACUAAUAUAGCUAUUCGACACUCUCCUUCAAUUAACCCGCUUCUCUUAGCCUCUGGAGUUGUACACACUACGGAAUGGCAUCUUUCCUUAGUAGUGCAAAGACAUUUAGUUCUUCGGCGGCCUCGCCAGUCCCACGGCAUCGCGAACAGUUCCGGCGUGGACCCACGAUUCUUCGUGUUCUAAUGCGUCCUUGCAUGCUUUUACGACGGCAUUCUUCAUAGUUUCCUGGAAAUAAUAGCAAUGGGUUAUAAACGGUCGGACUCUCUGGGUUUCCGUUGAUCCAUUCCCUCACUCUAUCUUCCUCGAGAUUAUGGUAAAUAGGCUUCUUCCCGGGGACAUAAUCCUUCAGGUAGGCAAUAGACAUGAUGGGGUUCUGGUUAUAAAGACGCAAGUACUGUUUAACCUGCGACUCAUACUGCCCAUCCUUGGUCGGACCCUGGUACGCGACAGCACUUGACCGAGGGAAAAGCGGUUCGUCCCAGCUGCACGUCCUCAGACCUACAAACGCCGCAAUGUCCAUGGACCCGCUGCGGCCUCCGAUGAGACCCACGAUGCGGCUCCCCAGAUUUUUCUG